AUGGCUUUUCCGGCACAGUGGCUCUAUCAGCGAGCAAGAUGGCGCGCAACGAUCUUCCUGGCUGGCUUCGCGGUCACCGCCUGCCAGAUCGCUCUUCACUACUGCAAACAAGUGUGGCUGUUGAUACUCGUCCAGGGUGGCAUCAUGGGUCUGGCAUUGGGCAUUCUCCGUGGCAUGGUGCUGUUGUGCCUCGCGUCGCACUACAAGAACAACGUCCCUCUAGCGUCCAUGCAAAGCGGGACUGUUGCUAUGUUCGGCGCCUUUUUCUACAGUUUCAUUGCAUGGACAUGUCUGCGCUCCAGCAAGCAUCUUUCCCUCUGUUGGAUGAACACAGUCCUCAGCGGCACGACCCUCCUCCUCGCCUUCCAGCAAGUCCGCAAGUCCAAGGGGUACAAACUCCUCAAGCCGUCGGACGACCCACCACGCCACAGGAUCCUCAAGGAGAAAGGCAUGCUCUGGUUCCUUGGCGGCUACUUCCUCCUGUUCUCUGGAUUCUUCGUGUGGCCCACCUUCACCGUGCUCCUCGUGUCGAGCCCGCCGUCCAACCAUUUCCCUGAUUUCGGCGCUUAUGUCCUCUUUAUUACCUUUGGGUGCGCGAUGGUUACUGCGAAUUACUUCGUGCGUCCGUACUCGAGGCGGUUGCUCGGGCCGAUCAACGCUUAUGUACCUUUUGCGAUGGUCGCUGGCGUCGGUUACAUCGUUCCGGCCUGGAUGCCUAGUUUCCUCACGGCAGCGACCUGUGGUGUCGCGUAUGGGUGUGCGUUGGGUCCGCUGCUGGCGCUGCAUAUCAAGGUUCUUACCGUUUUCCACUGGAGCGGUCUGUCGUAUCAUCCGGCUAUGGUGUCUCGGAUCAAUCUUGUGUCGACUUUAGCGGGAAUCUCGGCGGCCGCUGGAAUCUGCGCUACAGCUAUUCUGGCCGACGCUAGAGGCUUCGGGGUUGCAUUGACGGUAAUGGGGGGAUUGAUGGUCUUAGGUGGUGUGUUGAUGGGAAUAGUGAGGUUCGUAAGGUGUAAAGAGUUCUUCGUUGCGGUCUAA